CCGACUGGCCGGGCGGGCCGCAGCGCGGGCGGAAUGAUACGGGCGAGUCGCCGCCCGGCCCCUCCGCGCGCUGGGCCUACUUUCCUGGGCCGGGCGGCGGCUGAGGCGGGAGGCGGGAGGCGGGUGAGGGAGCAGGCGGCCGCCUCCUCCGCGCGCCCUGCCCCCGCCGGCCCUGUUGCGGCCCGCGCUAAACUUGAGGGAAAGUGGCCGCCCCGUGUUCCGUCCCGGGGCGGGAGGGCCGCGGGGCGCGCCGGGGAGGCGGCCUGGCUAGAGCCCCGGCCUGCGGACACCGCUCCCCGGGCUCCUCCCGGACGGCGCCCCCGCCCGAUCUAGCGCGGCGCCGGCUGCCCCGGGGACGUUGGGCUCGGCCCACAGGGAGGCCGUGGAGCGCGGGGUCGUGCACACAGUAGGCGCCAGCGUUGUCCGGGAAGCUCAGGGUCGUGCACACAGUAGGCUCCAAUGUUAUCUGGGGAGCGCUGUGGGUCGUGCAUACAGUAGGCGCCAUUGUGAUCCGGGAACUUGAACCCUGAGCCUUUGGAGACGCUGUGGAUAGUGCAUACAUUAGGCGCCAUUGUGAUCCGGGGAGCUGGAACCCUGGGCAUUUGGAGAGUGCUGUGGGUCGUGCAAACAGUAGGCGCCAUUGUGAUCCAGGGAUAUUGAACCUGGAGCUUCUGGAGAGCGCUGUGGGUCGUGCAUACAGUAGGCGUCAGUGUUAUGUGGGGAGCACUAGAUCGUGCACACAGUAGGCGUCAGGAAGUGUUUUCCCCAAUAAUUUAUGCUCCAUGGUACUUUGCUAAAGUCAUAAAAUAACUCGGAUUUUGUUUUCCAAGGAAGAAAGGCCCAGAAUUUAAAAGCAGGCAAACACACAACCGGCCACCCCCAAACCUUGGCCCUUCCAGCAGUCAGGAAUUGACCUGCUUUCCGCCCCAGCCCGGAGCUUGAGGAGCGGACUUCACGGCGCAGGGGGAACGGGGCGCGCUCGCCGGUGCCGGUGCCGCGGUUCCCAGGUCGAGGGCAGUGGGGUAGGGGGGCGCCGCGCCUUUUCUCGCGGGCGCUGUGGUUCCCGUGCGGCCUUGGACGCGAGUCUUCCCCCGGCAGGCCCGGUUCCUGGGCCUGGUCACCCGUGCAGCUGGAGCGGCGCUCCGCGUUUGGAAAAGGUUCUGAAGGGGCUCUAAGGGGGAGUAGGCGCCUAGGACUCCGUAUGGGAGUUGGUGUGUUAUGCCUUGACCUCCAUUAUUUUUAUGUGACUGGUUAGCUUAGUGACUCGUGUUCCCCUUUUCUUGGGGAUGAGUAAACUGAGGCUCAUUAAAGAGCUUGUGACCAGAGAACACAGAUACCCCAGAGAAAGGUCGGGUUUGGAAACUACAAGGGUGAUGCUAAUUUUGUGUUUAGGAAGAAAGAGGUAAUGGGUAGGAAUCAGUGUAAACUUACUCCAUAGGCCACACCGAACCAGGAGUUCUUGUCGUGAUUGCACUUGGUAGAGUUAACACACAUGCACAUUAGGGAAACGUUGGUGGCCAACAGGCGUUUCAGCGAGCGUUCGCACACCUGAUGGGCCUUUGUGGGCUGCGGGAGAGAUGUUGGCUGCACUCUGACCCGGGUAUGCAGAUUUGUAUGUAGUUGGCUAACAGCAGUGCUCAGAAUUUUGAUUAAUGGUUGAUGGUGUCUGGAAGGAGGUCUUGGUUGCCUCUCCCACUGUUGAGUUUUGGCCUUGACCUUAUUUGGUUAGUUUAAUUUUUUUGUUUUGUGUUGUUAAUAUGCCGUCUGCCAAAAAUAAUGUAAGGUGCGGUGUCUCAGUUACUUGGAAGAAGGCUUAGCACAGAGAAAGAAUGUAAAAUUUCCAUGGCCACAGGUGGGGCACCCAUUCCCCCAGUAUCCACAUCUCACUGAUGGUAUCCCUCUCCACCUGGUGUUUCACUCUCAGGCCUCAAGAAUUACUCCAUUUCUUUUAUCCCCCAACACACUUCCUGAUUUAGUCUUGCAGCUCCUACCUCGGGAAUGGAUUUCCAGUGGGCCCUCCUCUUUCCAUCUCCAGAGGCGCUCCCUGGCCCAGCCGCCCUCUCUGGGCUGGAGGGCUGCAGCCCUCUUCCUGGGCCCUGCUAGUUCUGGGCUCCUAUAAAUAAAUCGGUCACUUGGCAGCGUGGAUGAUCUUGUUAAAUGUAAAUCAGAUGGCCACACCCUGAUUAAAACCCUGCAUUGGCCUCCUCAUCCCUUUAACAGAAACCCACACUCCUCCGGGAUCCUGCUGAUCGGGCCUUGUCUGGCUCUUCUCUCUUUCCUUGCUCUGGCAUGCAGUCUUCUGUUUUCCUUGAUGCCACUUUAGUUUUUGUCUCAGGGCAUUUGUCAUUUCCUAGUCUGAGAAACACCUUUUGCUAGUCUGUGGCUCCAGGUGCUUUAGUGUCUUCAGAGAGGCCUUCCUCAAACCUGCUUAAAAGUAACCUUUCCCUUCUUAACACCAGUCCUCCUGUAGCAAAGUGGUUCUCAAACUGUGGUUCCUGGACCCAUGGGGGUUCCCCGAGAUGUUUUCAGGAUUCUGUAAGAUGGAGUUUUAACAUUGAAUGCGGAGAACACUAAUUAUGCCUAUCAAGUUCCAAACUUCCAUAAAUGUGAAAUCUGUCUACUAUCUUUUCCAAAAGAAUCCCAGUUUCAACGCCACAUGAGGGAUCACGAGCGAAAUGACAAGCCACAUCGAUGUGACCAGUGCCCCCAAACAUUUAAUGUUGAAUUCAACCUGACACUUCAUAAAUGCACUCACAGCGGGGAAGAUCCUACCUGCCCUGUAUGUAACAAGAAAUUCUCCAGAGUGGCUAGUCUCAAAGCGCAUAUUAUGCUACAUGAAAAGGAAGAGAAUCUCAUCUGUUCUGAGUGUGGGGAUGAGUUUACUCUGCAGAGUCAGCUGGCCGUGCACAUGGAGGAGCACCGCCAGGAGCUGGCUGGAACCCGGCAGCAUGCCUGCAAGGCCUGCAAGAAAGAGUUCGAGACCUCCUCAGAGCUGAAGGAACACAUGAAGACUCAUUACAAAAUUAGGGUAUCAAGUACAAGGUCUUAUAACCGGAACAUCGACAGAAGUGGAUUCACGUAUUCAUGUCCGCACUGUGGAAAGACGUUUCAAAAGCCAAGCCAGUUAACGCGACACAUUAGGAUACACACAGGUGAAAGGCCGUUUAAAUGUAGUGAAUGUGGAAAAGCUUUUAACCAGAAGGGGGCACUGCAGACCCACAUGAUCAAGCACACAGGUGAAAAGCCCCAUGCCUGUGCCUUCUGUCCUGCCGCCUUCUCUCAGAAAGGGAAUCUUCAGUCGCAUGUGCAGCGAGUCCACUCAGAGGUCAAGAAUGGUCCUACCUAUAACUGUACAGAAUGUAGUUGUGUAUUUAAAAGUUUAGGCAGCUUAAACACGCAUAUCAGCAAGAUGCACAUGGGUGGGCCACAGAAUUCAACAAGUUCCACAGAGACUGCUCAUGUUUUAACGGCCACACUCUUUCAGACGUUACCUCUUCAACAGACAGAAGCCCAAGCCACGUCAGCCUCAAGCCAGCCAAGCUCCCAGGCAGUGAGUGACGUCAUCCAGCAGCUCCUGGAGCUCUCAGAGCCGGGGCCAGUGGAGUCAGGGCAGUCCCCGCAGGCUGGGCAGCAGCUGAGCAUCACAGUGGGCAUCAACCAGGACAUUUUACAGCAAGCCUUAGAAAACAGUGGGCUGUCUUCAAUUCCAGUUGCAGCACAUCCUAAUGACUCCAGCCAUGCCAAGACCUCUGCACCACAGGUUCAAAACCCAGAUGUUUCCAGCGUUUCAAAUGAGCAGACGGACCCUACAGACGCAGAGCAAGAAAAAGAACAGGAAAGCCCGGAGAAACUGGAUAAAAAAGAAAAAAAAAUGAUAAAGAAGAAAUCACCAUUUCUACCUGGCUCCAUCCGUGAGGAGAACGGCGUGCGCUGGCACGUGUGUCCCUACUGCGCCAAGGAGUUCCGCAAGCCCAGCGACCUGGUGCGCCACAUCCGCAUUCACACCCACGAGAAGCCCUUCAAGUGCCCGCAGUGCUUCCGCGCCUUUGCGGUGAAGAGCACGCUGACAGCCCACAUCAAGACGCACACCGGCAUCAAGGCGUUCAAGUGCCAGUACUGCAUGAAGAGCUUCUCCACCUCGGGCAGCCUCAAGGUGCACAUCCGCCUGCACACAGGAGUUAGACCUUUUGCUUGUCCUCACUGUGACAAAAAAUUUCGAACCUCGGGCCAUAGGAAGACUCACAUUGCUUCCCACUUUAAACAUACGGAAUUAAGGAAAAUGAGGCACCAGCGUAAACCUGCAAAGGUUCGUGUUGGCAAGACGAACGUUCCAGUCCCUGACAUUCCUUUGCAGGAACCAAUUCUCAUAACUGACUUAGGUCUUAUCCAGCCCAUUCCAAAAAACCAGUUUUUCCAAAGCUAUUUUAAUAAUAAUUUUGUUAAUGAAGCAGAUAGACCAUACAAGUGUUUUUACUGUCAUCGUGCAUAUAAAAAAUCUUGCCACCUUAAACAACACAUCAGAUCCCAUACAGGUGAAAAACCUUUUAAAUGUUCUCAGUGUGGAAGAGGCUUUGUUUCUGCAGGUGUGCUCAAAGCACACAUCCGAACACACACAGGACUGAAAUCUUUCAAGUGUCUGAUAUGUAAUGGGGCUUUCACUACUGGUGGCAGCUUACGGCGACACAUGGGUAUCCACAACGACCUUCGUCCCUAUAUGUGUCCCUAUUGUCAAAAAACAUUUAAGACUUCACUAAAUUGCAAAAAGCACAUGAAAACCCACAGAUACGAACUUGCCCAGCAGCUCCAACAGCAUCAGCAGGCAGCCUCGAUAGACGAUAGCACUGUGGACCAGCAGAGCAUGCAGGCCUCCACUCAGAUGCAGGUGGAGAUCGAGAGCGACGAGCUGCCACAGACGGCAGAGGUGGUCGCAGCAAACCCCGAGGCCAUGUUGGACCUGGAGCCUCAGCACGUGGUGGGCACAGAGGAAGCAGGGCUGGGCCAGCAGUUGACAGAUCAGCCCUUGGAAGCAGAUGAAGAUGGGUUUGUGGCUCCACAGGACCCUCUGCGAGGGCACAUAGACCAGUUUGAAGAGCAGACCCCUGCGCAACAGUCCUUCGAACCGGCAGGGCUACCCCAAGGUUUUACAGUGACUGACACGUACCAUCAGCAGCCUCAGUUUCCACCUGUCCAACAGCUACAGGAUUCCAGCACACUUGAGUCUCAGGCCCUCUCCACAAGCUUCCACCAGCAGAGCUUGCUGCAGGCUCCCAGCUCUGAUGGGAUGAAUGUAACAACUCGCUUGAUUCAGGAGUCAUCCCAAGAGGAACUAGACCUGCAGACACAAGGUUCCCAGUUUCUGGAGGACAGCGAGGACCAGAGCAGGCGCUCUUACAGGUGUGACUAUUGCAACAAAGGCUUUAAGAAGUCCAGUCACCUGAAGCAGCACGUGCGGUCGCACACUGGGGAGAAGCCCUACAAGUGCAAACUCUGUGGACGUGGCUUUGUUUCCUCCGGGGUGCUUAAGUCUCACGAGAAGACACACACAGGAGUGAAGGCGUUCAGCUGCAGCGUGUGCAAUGCUUCCUUCACCACCAAUGGCAGCCUCACCCGGCACAUGGCCACACAUAUGAGCAUGAAGCCUUACAAGUGUCCGUUCUGUGAGGAGGGUUUCCGAACCACAGUGCACUGUAAAAAGCACAUGAAGAGACACCAAGCCGUCCCCUCUGCCGUGUCAGCCACUGGAGAGACAGAAGGAGGAGACAUUUGUAUGGAGGAGGAGGAAGAACAUUCUGACAGAAAUGCAUCACGGAAGUCUCGUCCUGAGGUCAUCACUUUCACAGAGGAGGAGACAGCCCAGUUAGCCAAGAUCCGGCCGCAGGAGAGCGCCACGGUGUCGGAGAAGGUUCUGGUGCAGUCUGCGGCAGAAAAGGACCGCAUCAGCGAGCUGAGGGACAAGCAGGCGGAGCUGCAGGAUGAGCCCAAGCAUGCCAACUGCUGCACAUACUGCCCCAAGAGCUUCAAGAAGCCCAGCGACCUGGUGAGGCAUGUUCGAAUCCAUACUGGAGAAAAGCCAUACAAAUGUGAUGAAUGUGGAAAGAGUUUUACUGUGAAAUCCACUCUCGAUUGCCAUGUGAAGACUCACACAGGUCAGAAGCUCUUCAGCUGUCACGUUUGCAGCAACGCCUUCUCCACCAAGGGAAGUCUGAAGGUCCACAUGCGUCUGCACACGGGAGCCAAGCCCUUCAAAUGCCCGCACUGCGAGCUGCGUUUCCGUACGUCGGGUAGAAGGAAGACACACAUGCAGUUUCAUUAUAAACCAGACCCAAAGAAGGCCAGAAAGCCUGUGACUCGAAGCUCGUCGGAAGGAUUGCAGCCCGUAAACCUCCUCAACUCCUCCUCUACUGACCCUAAUGUGUUUAUCAUGAACAACUCUGUUCUAACAGGACAGUUUGAUCAGAAUCUGCUGCAACCAGGACUGGUGGGCCAAGCUAUUCUCCCUGCCUCCGUGUCAGCUGGGGGUGACCUGACUGUGUCUCUGACAGAUGGGAGCCUGGCUACCCUAGAAGGCAUCCAGUUACAGUUGGCUGCUAACUUGGUUGGACCAAAUGUACAGAUUUCUGGAAUCGAUGCUGCCAGCAUUAAUAACAUUACGUUGCAGAUUGAUCCGAGCAUUCUGCAGCAGACACUACAGCAGGGCAACCUGUUGGCUCAGCAGCUCACGGGGGAGCCUGGCCUGGCCCCACAGAACAGCUCUCUCCAGACGUCAGACAGCACGGUCCCUGCCAGUGUUGUCAUCCAGCCCAUCUCAGGCCUGUCCUUACAGCCCACAGUGACCUCUGCGAACCUGACCAUAGGCCCACUGUCUGAGCAGGAUUCAGUGCUGACCACUAACAGCAGUGGGACCCAAGACCUCACUCAAGUGAUGACUUCGCAAGGUCUGGUGUCCCCCUCCGGCGGUCCCCACGAGAUCACCUUAACCAUCAACAACUCCAGCCUGAGCCAGGUCCUGGCACAGGCCGCUGGGCCCACUGCCACAUCUUCCUCGGGGUCUCCACAGGAAAUUACCCUGACUAUCUCCGAACUUAACACUACAAGUGGAAGCCUUCCUUCAACAACACCGAUGUCUCCAUCGGCCAUCUCGACUCAGAACCUGGUCAUGUCCUCGUCGGGUGUGGGAGGUGACGCUAGUGUCACGCUGACGCUGGCCGAUACUCAGGGUAUGCUGUCUGGAGGCCUGGACACUGUCACACUCAACAUCACCUCUCAGGGUCAGCAGUUCCCAGCACUCCUCACGGAUCCCUCUCUCUCGGGCCAGGGUGGAGCAGGCUCGCCGCAAGUCAUACUAGUGAGCCACACGCCACAGUCAGCGUCUGCUGCUUGUGAAGAAAUAGCCUACCAGGUAGCUGGCGUCUCUGGGAACCUGGCCCCGGGCAACCAGCCCGAGAAGGAGGGCCGGGCACACCAGUGCCUGGAGUGUGACCGCGCCUUCUCGUCGGCGGCAGUGCUGAUGCACCACAGCAAGGAGGUGCACGGCCGGGAGCGCAUCCACGGCUGCCCCGUGUGCAGGAAGGCCUUCAAGCGCGCCACGCACCUCAAGGAGCACAUGCAGACACACCAGGCCGGCCCCUCUUUGAGCUCCCAGAAGCCAAGAGUGUUUAAAUGUGACACUUGUGAGAAGGCGUUUGCCAAACCAAGCCAGCUGGAGCGCCACAGCCGCAUCCACACAGGGGAGCGGCCGUUCCAUUGCACGCUUUGUGAGAAAGCCUUUAACCAGAAGAGCGCACUGCAGGUGCACAUGAAGAAGCACACGGGGGAGCGGCCCUACAAGUGUGCCUACUGCGUAAUGGGCUUCACGCAGAAGAGCAACAUGAAGCUGCACAUGAAGCGGGCGCACAGCUAUGCUGGAGCUCUGCAGGAGUCCGCAGGUCACCCAGAGCAGGACGGGGAGGAGCUGAGCCGGACCCUCCACCUGGAGGAGGUGGUGCAGGAGGCCGCGGGCGAGUGGCAGACCCUCACCCACGUCUUCUGAUGCGAGUCGGAAGUACACCUUUAAGAAUGUUUCUGAAGUUACAUUUUGUGAAUAGCAAAGCACUUGAAAUCUCUGUUUUAAAGCUUCAAGUGUUAAAAAUGUUACCACAAUAGUUUUUUAGCUAUAAAGUUAUCUAAAGAAUCAUUGUCUUUCAGAGACUCAUAGGAAAAAAACUGGGAAAAGUGUCACCGCGUUGUUCUCUUCUGUCUACAAAUCACCGAACUCAGGUACUACGGCAGGCAGUUUCCUCCUUGGUCUCCUCCGUGGCUAGUGCGUCUAGUUCACAAAGCAAUUAACUGGGUCUUACUAUCAUUGUAGUGUGAUUUCUUUGUAUUAGCAAAGACGAAAAAGCUAACAUGGAAAAAGUACGUCAGAUUUUCCUUCAUGCUUCCGGUUAUAAGAAGCAUAGCUUGAAAGCAAGUUUAAGAUUGGGGCAUGAAGUUCAGAAAAAAAAUGUUACAACACACAGGGAAGUUUUUUCCACUCUUUUCUCUGUGCAUUUUGAAAAUUAGUCAAAAUGGACUCUUUUUAGUCUACCAUAAGGUAAUAUGACUGAUACCUUGAGAGAUGGCUGGACCAAUUCUCUCUCCAUGACAAAUGUUUAAUCAUUAGUUACAAGAAUGCAGUGUCUGGGGGUCGCCAACACGGGGACUCAAGUAGACCUGACUCACCAAUAGGGAUUCAGCUGUCCACACGGGCUGGUGACACACUUACCGCAUCAGUCUGUGUUCAGGUCCAGGGUUAGAUAAUUGCAGAAGCACAAGCCAUACAUCGCAGGUAGGAAACCACAGAACCGUCUGCCAGGAGCAAGCAACCGUGGCCCUGUCUACCCCGGCAAAUAAGAAGUGUAUCUGUAGCUUGAGGCCGAGAAUCCGUAAAAACCCCAGGACUUUCUCUUCGUGCGUAAACAGAUGUGUUUUUGAUUUCAGGGAAUUCUUUAGUAUCGUCAAUGGUGCCACAUUACACAUGUCCCAAACCAAAUCCCACCCGUGCCGGGCAGAGUGCGUGCACGCCAUUCCUACAGCAUUCCAAAGAUGGAAGGUUCUUUACUUCAUGUUAAUUUUCCCUUUGAAAUUAUUUAUAUGUUCUAUAUAUAAAUACAUAUGUACAUAGACAGAUAUAUGGGCCUCUGUGUGGCUGAACAGUAUAUUUUGUAAAUAUAAGUACUAGUCCUAAUUGCAGAAAGAGCGUCUGAGUUUCACCUCCCCACAAGCACUUCAGAUCAGUAUUGUAUUCAUUUUAUUAAUAAAUGGAUAUCUUUUUCAUUGUAAUAUAAAGCUGGGUUUUAUUUUUUUCCUGAAAAAUAAUUGCCUUUAUUUUCUCUCAUUGCCUCCUUGGUUUCAGAAGAGAGUAGUUUUAUUAUAAAUAUUGUAUGGACUUUGUAUAUUAAGAGAGGAGCUCAUUUCAGAUUCCUAAAGAAAUAGACAUUUUACUGUUAUUUUGAAAGGGCAUCUUUUGAUUUUGUUGUUGUUGUUCAUUUUCGGCAUAUGUAUAUAAGUAAUAUUGAUGGUGAUAUGAAAACUUUUGUUAUGUGAAAAUAUUUAAGUCAGAAAAUUGUUAAAUAAUAUUACUUCUUUUCCAAACUGCUUUGUGUAUUGUAUAUUUUUUUAAGAAAAAGAAAAGCCUUAUUUGACUUAUUCUUGUGAUACUGGACUUCUUACCAAUCCCGAGGUUUCCUUCCUUGAAUGUCAGUGUGUAAACCUGACGCAUAUUUAGAAUAAUUGUAAUUGUGCUAGAGUUUUAAAGGUUCUGCUUUUAAUGCACUUUUUAUUUUAUAAUUUUGUAUUGAAAUAUUUUAGAAAUGUUGAUUAAUUUUGGUGAACGAAUAUCCCCAAAGUUGAAAUUAUUGGAAUUUUAAACUUUUGUUCUUGCUCGGUUAUUUAUUUUGAUUUUAGCAUUAAAUGUCAUCUCAGGACAUCUCUAAAAGGGGUUGUUUAAUUCCUAGUUGUAUAGAAAGCUAGUUUGGUGAAUUAUAUUGGUUAAUUGACUGUUUAAGGCCUUAACAGGUGAAUCUAGAGCCUACUUUUAUUUUGGUUAAAGAAAAAGAAAAUAUCAAUAAUUCAA